UGCUGCCCCAGCUGUGUGCCCACAACCAGCCCCCUGUGCCCUCCACCACAGCCCUGUGGUGCUCUCCCACUCCAGCUCCACAGGCUGCAGUCAGAACUAACACAACCCAUGCCAGCAAAAGCCCAAGCCCCACACCAGGUGUCUUUUGACAGUACCUUCCCACGUCCCUGUUUGUGUGUGGCACAGUAUGUGCCAGGCUUGGCCUGUCUCUGCUGCCCCUGCCCACAGCUGCCCACAAGGCCACAGGGAGACCUUAACCUGGCCAGCCAUGAGCCACGUGGCUCCCUGGCUGCUAUAAAGCUCGUGGUCUCCAGGGGUUGAGCCUGUCUCCUUUCAGGAUGGCGUUCCUGUGGGUGGUUGCCUGCCUGGCCCUUGCCAGCGCCGUCUCAGGCUGCGGGGUGCCCGCCAUCAGCCCCUCGGUGGCCUACAGCGAGAGGAUUGUCAACGGGCAGAACGCUGUGCCCGGCUCAUGGCCCUGGCAGGUGUCCCUGCAGACCCGCACAGGAUCCCACUUCUGCGGCGGCUCCUUGAUCAACCAGUACUGGGUCGUCACAGCUGCCCACUGCAACUUCGACCCGCGCAGCCACGUUGUCGUCCUCGGGGAAUAUAGCCUUGCUUCCAAUGCUGAGGCCGUUCAAGUGAAGACCGUGUCCAGGGCCAUCACCAACCCCGGCUGGAACCCCAACACCAUGAACAACGACAUCACCCUGCUGAGGCUGUCCUCGCCCGCCCAGCUGAACUCCCGUGUGUCCACCAUCUGCCUGGCCCCUGCCAACCUGGUUCUGCCCAACAACGCCCGCGCCGUCACCACCGGCUGGGGACGCACCAACCCCAACUCCCAAGCCUUGGCAUCAGUCCUGCAGCAGGUGACCGUGCCCCUCAUCUCCCAGAGCCAGUGCAUGCAGUACUGGGGCAACCGCAUCACCAGCGCCAUGAUCUGUGCCGGUGGGGCUGGUGCCACCUCCUGCCAGGGUGACUCUGGUGGACCUCUGGUGUACCAGAGUGGGAAUGGCUGGACCCUGAUUGGCAUUGUCUCCUGGGGAACCUCCAACUGCAACAUCAACACGCCGGCCAUGUACACUCGUGUCAGCAUGUUCCGUAACUGGAUCGACACCGUCGUUGCUCAGGGCUAAAGCUGCUGCCAGCGUGAUCCCUUC